AAAGAUUAUCCAUAAUAUUAUAUUCCCGGUUAAAUGAUUGCCGAGAACAAUUUUUGAAUCCGCGGAAUAAUCUACUCCUAUUUCUAUUCAAUAGGUGUUGAUUAUUAAGUGCAGUGGUGUUCUUCACCCAAACCCAAACCUAAUCGUCUCUUCUCACUCUCACUACUACCAUCUUCAUCUUCAACCAAACGAUGGAGGCAAAGUAUCAUGGAUUCGGCAAGAAUUCAGGACCCGCUAACCCUUUUCAAUCUAAACCCUCUUUUGGUUUCAACGAUCCUUCUUCUUCUUCGAUUCCACCUUCAACACACAGCUCCAUUGAAUCUCCUGGUUGGAGUGAUGGUCAGAAUAUGUUAUAUAAAGAUUUGGGUGCCCAACCCCCUGAAAGGACCACUCCUGUCACAAAAUUUAUUGCUUCGCGUGAUUCGACGUCUGGUAUUACAGCCAGAGUCUAUAGAUCUCCACUCCUAGAAAGCACCCGAUCUCCUAUAUCAUAUGCAGAUAUUGAUGAUUUGAGGAACCCAAAUCAAACUGUCCUAAUAAAUAACCGCCCAAAUCUGCACACGGAGGAGCAAGGCAACUUACUUCCUCUAAAAUCGCAAUCACCUCCUUUGGUACCCUUGAAUCAUCAAUCUGUUCCGAAUUUUCAAGCUCCUUCUGUUUCUAUUCAGCAGUCUGCUUUAGCUCGCAGUACAUUGGAUGGACAGGCCAAUCUAUCUGUCAAUUUUCCUAACUUCUCGGGCCGUCCAGUCCAGUCUUCUCUCACUCCAUUUUUUGAUUCUCAGAUUCCUCGGCCUAGUUUUACCAAAGAACUUAAUAAUCAAGGUUCAAAGAGAACUAGGUCCCCUCCUUCAUCAUCUACCAACAUACACGAGGACUUUAACGAUGCUCGGAAGGACUUUAGAAGACCUUCUAUAUCUCCUAGAUCGGGAAGCACAUCAAAUGUUCUAAAGAGCAACCCUCAUUCUCAACUUCACCAAAUAUCUUCGCCAUUUAGUGUUGCCGAAGCUGCUGGAAGCAGGCCCAUCAUCUCCACUGCUCCUAAAAGGACAAGGUCGUCACCUCCUCCAUCAUUUUCAGCCACUGAAACCCUUGAAGGAAACUUCGAAGACAAUUCUGAACGUGAAAUCUUAGCCAAGGCAAAGCGUUUAGCUCGCUUCAAGGUAGAGUUAAGCAAAUCUGAACAUAAUAAUGAUGACGUUGUAGGCCAUACAACGUCAGUGUUGGAGAAGAAAGAUAUGGGAGGACAUAUGAUAGAUUCAGCAUCCAACAUUACCAAUGGCCAUGGUGUUUCUGAUAAUGAAGGGCAGGAAACAUCCAAUGUUAUUAUUGGUUUAUGUCCAGAUAUGUGUCCUGAGUCAGAGAGGGGAGAGCGUGAAAGGAAAGGGGAUCUUGACCAAUAUGAACGCGUGGAUGGGGACAGAAAUGUAACCAGCAGACUUCUUGCAGUUAAGAAGUAUACUAGGACAGCAGAGAGGGAAGCCAGCUUGAUCCGGCCUAUGCCCAUCUUGAAGAAGACAAUUGGUUAUCUGCUAACUUUACUAGAUCAACCUUAUGAUGAAAGGUUCCUUGGCAUAUACAACUUCUUGUGGGACAGGAUGAGAGCUAUUCGAAUGGACCUGAGAAUGCAGCACAUUUUCAAUCAAGGAGCUAUUACUAUGUUGGAACAGAUGAUAAAAUUGCACAUCAUAGCAAUGCAUGAGUUAUGUGAAUAUACUAAAGGAGAGGGAUUUUCUGAGGGCUUUGACGCUCACCUCAAUAUUGAACAGAUGAACAAAGCUUCAGUUGAAUUGUUCCAAUUGUAUGAUGAUCACAGAAAGAAAGGAGUGUAUAUUCCCACAGAAAAAGAGUUUCGUGGCUAUUAUGCGCUUCUUAAACUGGAUAAGCACCCUGGUUAUAAAGUUGAACCUGCAGAGCUCUCCCUUGAUCUUGCUAAGAUGACUCCAGAGAUAAGGCAGGCACCAGAAGUUCUAUUUGCCCGCAAUGUAGCAAGAGCUUGCAGAACGGGUAAUUUUAUUGCCUUCUUUCGGCUUGCAAGAAAAGCAACUUAUCUUCAAGCAUGUCUAAUGCACGCUCACUUUGCAAAGUUGCGUACCCAAGCGCUUGCUUCUCUACAUUCUGGUGUACAGAAUAACCAAGGUCUUCCUGUUGCUCAUGUUGCUAAUUGGCUUGCUAUGGAGGAUGAGGACAUAGAGGGUCUUUUGGAGUAUCAUGGGUUCUUGAUAAAAGCAUUUGGAGAACCAUACAUGGUGAAGGAAGGACUGUUUCUUAAUGCUGAUACUGAAUACCCCACAAAGUGCUCCAAACUUGUCCACAAUAAAAGGUCUGGGAGGAUUGUUGAGGAUGUUUCACCCUCAAUUCAUGCUGAAUUACUAGCUGGCGAGGCUAUGAAAGAGAUUCCGAUGGUGAAAGCUUACAAGCAUGAGCCCCAAACAGUUUCAGCUGCUAAAAACAAUAGUUCUGUCCAGAAGCUUGAUGAGGAAAUUCCAGAAUCUAAAGCCAUUUACUCUCCAAAAGAUAGUAAAUCAGGAAAGGCAUUUAAGGAAAUGCAAAGUGUUCAGGACAGUGUGAAAGAUUCUGAUAUGGCUAGGACUCAUCCAUCACCACUGAGUUUCCCCUUUGGUAAUAUUAUGCCUGAACCACAACAAACAAGAAUUGACGGUUUAAAGAUUGCCAAUUCUUAUAUGGUUGCUGAAGCCUCACCAAGGAGAAACUCACCCUCUAAUGUGGAUGUCAGGCCAUUGGAGAUUAUACCAAAAACUGUUCCACCAGAAAGUUCAUUAGCUACUAGCUUUUUUUUGCCACUUCCUGCGGCCCAGAGUGUAUCCAAGGAUGAGUCCCAGUUUGUUCACCAAGAACAUGAAGAUGAAAUUCAUGAAGUUAGUGAAAGUUGUCACGAUGAAGAAGUUGCUGAGGCAAAGCUGAAGUUGUUUUUAAGGUUAUGGAGGAGACGAGUGUCAAAAUUAAGAAUGUUACGGGAAGAGAGGCAAUUUGCAUCAAAUGCUGCACUGAGUUCAUUACCAUUGGGCCCCCCGAUUCGACAUUGUAUAGAAAAACCUGGUAACUUUGACAAGUUUGACAUUGAUGUAACGAUGAGGGAGAGAUAUGAAACACAGGAAAACUCGCAGUCAAGACUUAAUGUUUCUGACGUAGUUGGAGAUACAAUAGCCAGAAGAAAUCCAGAUGCUAAAUGCUUGUGCUGGAAAAUUAUUCUAUGCUCUCAGAAGAGCAUUGCAUAUGAAAUGGGAAAAGCAGGCUUGUGGUUAACCUCAAAGGUCAUGCCUAUCAGUGAUGAUGAUGUGGUGAUUUCAUCUCCUGGCUUGGUGAUAUGGAGGAAAUGGAUUCGAAGUCAAUCUGACAUUGAUCCUACAUGCUGCUUCUCUGUCAUUAGAGAUACAUCAGUUGGUAAUCGAGAUGAGGUAGUAUCAGGGGCAAAUGGAAUUUUGUUUCUAGUAUCUGAGAGCAUCUCAUGGAAACAUCAGAGAGUUAAUCUCCAUAAUCUUUUGAUGUCGAUUCCCUCCGAUGCUUGUUUGCCUCUACUCAUUCUAUGCAGUAGUGGCUCAUAUGGCGACAGGUCCUCUUCUUUUAUAAUCAAUGAGCUGGGCCUUCAAGACAUUGAUAACUUACGGGUCAGUAGCUUUCUUGUUGUUUACCUCAGGGAAAACCAGCAGAUGAAACACUCAAAUGGAUUUUUCAGUGAUACCCAAUUAAGAGAAGGACUGCAAUGGCUGGCAGGUGAAUCACCUUCGCAACCCAACCUCCACCAUGUGAAAAUAAGAGAGCUCGUUCACACACACAUUAGUUCCUUUUCAGGGGCGCAGGACAUCAUUAGUAACUCCAAGUUGGGUCCUAAUGACUGCAUCUCAUUGUUCAAUAAGGCCUUGGAUUAUUCAAUGCAGGAGAUUGUUGCUGCCGCCAAUUCAAAUCCUGCUGGUUGGCCAUGUCCUGAAAUUGGUUUACUUGACAAGUCUUUUGAUGAAGAUAGAGUAGUAAAAAGUUAUUUGCCAACUUUGGGAUGGAGUUCAAAUGAGAAAACUCAACCAAUCAUCUAUGUCUUGCAAAACUGCAAGCUCCCUACUUUUACCGAUGAUUUAUCCUGGUUGGCCAGAGGUUCGAAAGUUGGGCAGGAGAUCGAGAAUCAGAGGACACAGCUUGAGAAUUGCUUGAUCCAGUACCUGACUCAUACUAGUAACAUGAUGGGAAUUUCAUUGGCAGCAAAAGAGGCACGUGUCAUAACACAAACAUGUGCUAGACUUGAGCUGUGCGGUUCAAGUUACCGUGUAGUUCCACAUUGGGGUUUGAUUUUUCGUCGAAUUUUUAACUGGCGAUUGACAGGUUUAUCUAGUAGGGAAAUUUCCACGGCUUACAUCUCAGAACGUCAUCAUAACAUUGAUCUUCAAAAUGUGGGCUUUGCAGCAUGUUUAUCCUCUUCUUACUAUCCAGAUACAUCUUUAGAUGAAAUGAUCAGUGUUAUCUACAACUCUCCUCUUCCCUACAACUCUCCUCUUCCGGCUAAUGACAGGAGGCCUAGGCCCGAAGCAAUUCAACGUCUUCCACCUGUGGAUUUUGAUAACGAGACUACUAACUUGAGUGACGCUGAAAGAAAUAUUCGACACGGGGAGUUGCCUAAUAUUAAUACAGGUGGCACAUAUGGUAUAAACAAUGCUAAAAGUGAAUCGUUAUCGAGUAAGAAACCAACCAAAGAAGCUGACAAGUUGAGUAAGCUAUUGGAGCAAUGUAACUUGCUGCAGGAUGGCAUUGAUAAGAAGCUAUCUAUAUACUUCUGAUUGGCACAUACAUACCUUUUUUUGUUGUUGUAUGUAUCUUUGACUAAAGUAAUAUUAAUAUAAUUCUGGUUUACAUGAAGUUUUGUAUACUAAGUUGUAACUCCAUUGUCUUAUUAGAAAACAUUUCUUUAAAAAAUUGUUAGUUCUGUUAAA